AACAAAAAAAAAAAAAAAUCAUCUUUCUUCUCAGUACUUAGAUAAAUGCAGCUACACCCAUUUUGCAAAUAGAAGAAUGAAGGCUCUUCAUUUGAUGAAAUAAAGCAAUUUAAGAGAUAAUCCUUUGCUAUCUCAAGUACAUUUAGUCGGGAGUAAUUAAGAUGGUACUCAUGAGGAGGAGAUUAGCCUGCUGUACAAGAGAUAGAGAGAUUAGCAUUGACUUUGAUGAAAAUGAGAAAAUUACAACAUAUGAUGGCCUUGAAAGCUGUAUUUUGAACAGUCAGCCAUAUGACAAUCAAAGUGUCACUAGCAGAGGUGACGGAGGUAUUACAGAUUCCUUGGACGAUGAUGACUCAAGCAGCAGUUCCAGCAACAAUGUUUUUGGAUCUUUCUCUUCUCACUGGACAACAAUGAAGAAGGAUGAUGAGUGGGAUUUCUCAGCAAGCCCGCACCAUUACUAUGUAAAAGAAAAACCUGCUUAUGCAACCCAGUUUUCAGAUGUGGAAACAAUGAAAGAAAAAUUUGCAAAAUUGUUACUUGGGGAAGAUGUUACUGGAGGAAGCAAGGGGAUUUCCACUGCAUUAGCACUGUCAAAUGCCAUUACAAAUCUUGCAGCAUCAGUGUUUGGAGAGCUCUGGAAAUUGGAGCCACUUGCGGAGGAUAGGAAGAGGAAAUGGAGGAGAGAAAUGGAUUGGUUGCUCUCUCCUACAAACCAUAUGAUUGAGUUGGUCCCUGCUAAACAAAAUGGUUCUAAUGGCCAGAAAUUGGAGAUCAUGACUCCAAAAGCUCGUGCGGACAUCCAUAUGAAUCUUCCAGCACUUCAGAAGUUGGACUCCAUGCUUCUUGAAACUCUGGAUUCAAUGGUUAAUACCGAGUUUUGGUACAUGGAAGUGGGUAGCCGAGCAGAAGGAAGAAGCAGAAGUGCUGGGCAGAGCAAAAGGUGGUGGCUUCCCUCGCCCCAGGUACCCAUAUCUGGGCUCUCUGACCCUGAAAGAGACAAAUUGUUUAAUCAGGGUAAAUUGGUGAAUCAAAUAUUUAAAGCAGCUAAAGCUAUCAAUGAAAACGUCUUGUCUGAAAUGCCUGUUCCAACAAUCAUUACAGAUGCACUUCCAAAGUCUGGCAGGACAAGUCUAGGGGAGGAACUUUACAGGGUCCUAACAGCAGAAUCUACAUCUGUGGAGGCGAUGUUAGUUUCCUUGAACAUAAGAUCUGAACACAAUGCCCUUGAAGCUGUUAACAGGUUGGAAGCAGCAAUACUUGCCUGGAAAGAGAAAAUAGCAGAACAUGCCGGUGGAAAAUCUCCAGCACGAACAUCUUGGUCUUUCAUAAAAGAUCCAAUAUCUGAACUAGAUAAGAUAGAGGUGUUAUUGAGCAGAGCAGAAACUCUUCUGCUGCAGCUCAAGAUUAAAUAUCCAAACCUUCCUCAGACAUUCCUCAAUGUCACAAAGAUCCAAUAUGGCAAGGAUGUUGGGCGUUCAAUUCUUGAAGCAUACUCUCGGGUUCUCUUGAAUUUGGCAUUCUGCAUCCUGACUAGGAUAGGAGAAAUUCUUCAGGAAGACAUCUUGAGCAAUCCUAAUUCACCCGCGGCUGCAUGCCACCUUCCUGGCAUAAGAAUUCCGGGAUUGUCAGAUAGUCCUACAACUGGUCGUGUGAGGCAUUCAUUGAUUGAUCAGAUGAAUAAAGCUGAUGAAAGAUCUUGCGAUUCUCGCCAUACCAAUGCUUCUGAUAUAGACAUUGAGUCUGCUGAAUCCAAGAUCAGUUCGGUAACUGCAACACCAAGCAGAAGUCGAGUGUGGUGCAUUGGCAGAGAAGCUUGUAGCAGCAUGUCUGCUGCAAAUUCACCUUGAUAAGCAAAGUUUUACUCUCACUCUUCCUGUAGAUAUAUAUCAUUUCCAUGUCAAAGAACAGCCUUAGCUUGAGGCUGAUUUUUCGCGGUUAUUAUGGGAGCUUGCCCUCAAUUUGCAAUAGUAGAAAUAUAAUUGCAUUUUGUGCUGUCAGAGCAGUGCGAAUGCAGCAUGAAUUGUUUCAUUCAGGGAUAAUAUUUCCAUCGUAACAGCUCAUUAAAGAAAUCACAAUUUGUUAGAUAUUUACUUUA